AUGGGUUUCUUCAAUCUUUUGGCUCUGUGUCUUUUAUGUUGUCUCGCUUCGGCUGAUUCUGAUUUGAAGUGCUAUGGAGCUGAUUGUGAUGUUCCAAAUUAUAUGGAUGACACUGAGCAAUGUUCGGGACUUGAAUGUGAAUCGAAAGAAACACUUCUUGCCAUGAUCAGUCAUUACCAAAAAGCCAAGCACGAGGAAUACUUGGCACCACUUCACAAGCCGAUUAAAGACGAAAGCGCCGUCCGUUAUUUCUUGAAUGAAAUUAGUACUGGAGAAGCCGUAGCUACAGUGUCCCCACAAUGUAACAUUUGCAGUCAACCAGGACUCUGUAACUCUGGACAAUGUGUCCCAGAUUCCUUUUUCCCAUGGCAAUACUUCUAUUGUGUCUGUCCAGACAACGCAUCUGGAAGAUUCUGUCAGAAUGUUAUCGCUUGCAAGGCUAACACUUGUGGAAAGAAUGCUGACUGCUACGUGGCUAAUCAUCAAUUGAAUUGUAUCUGUAAACCAGGAUACACUGCUCGCAAGAACGGAAGAGAUUGUGACAUGAAAGUGCAACAAGCUUGCAUGAGUGGAGACCCUCACUACGUCACUUACGAUGGCCUUCGCUUUGAUUAUCAAGGAACUUGUCCCUAUGUGUUCUCUCAGCCAUGCUCCAUGCUUCCAGCUCCAUACGGAUGGUUCUCAGUGAGAGCUAAGAAUGAGUUGCCAGGAAAGGGAUAUCACAUCUCUCAAGUCUCGGAAGUUGAAGUUGACCUCCAUAAUCUGACAAUCCACGUUGAUGGUAGAUCAAAAACUGCUUUGGUCAACGGAGUUCAAGUCUUGACUCCAUGGUACUACCCAAAUCUAAAUACUUGGACAGUCCGUAUUCGUUAUUCUGGAUCUACGUUCACAAUUGAGAAUGAACAAGGAAUCACUGUGACUUUCUCAACUUACAACUCACUUUGUGUCCAAGUUCCUGAUAUUCCUGAGUUCAAUGGACCAACCACUCUCUGUGGAUUGGCUGGAAAUAUUGAUGGAAAGAAGUUGGACGAUGUCGUAAACAGGAAUGGAACCGUUUUGAAUAUCAAGUCAAGUCGUCAACCAGAAAACAACAAUCAUGUCGAUUUCAUGAAAACCGAGGAUACCUGGAUUACUGACAAGUUCCUUGUCCUUCGUCCCGGUCAAGAAGCAUGUGUCAAUGGCCAAUUACUUGAUAACAACACAAAUUGCGAUGUUCAACAAGCUGCUCAAACCUGUUAUCCAAUCCAACAAGCCGAACUUGGACUCGGAGUAUUCGGAGCUUGUCAAGGACUCGGAAACGAUACAUUGGACGAUUUCUACUACAAUUGUGUCUACGAUAUCUGCCGUAAUCCAGCCUACAAAUGUACUGAACUCUCCUAUUUCUUCCAAUACUGUCAACUUGCAAUUCCACAACAACAAAUGAAUAAGGACUGGAGAUCUCAGACAAACUGUCCAUUGGCUUGUCCAUUGAAUGCUCAUCCAUCUGUUUGCACUUCCUCCUGCCCAUCUACAUGCGCCGAACCAUUCCCAGAGAUUUGUGACCAAGGAUGUGUUGAUGGAUGUGAAUGUGAUCCAGGAUAUGUUGUGGAUAAUACUGUAACUGGAUCAAUCAAAUGCAUCAGACUCGACCAGUGUGGAUGUGUUGAUCAAGACGGAAACGCCCAUAGACCUGGACGACCAUGGGUCACUCAGAACUGCACAAUCUAUCAUGAAUGUCAAAAUGGAACAAUGUGGAGUGACUACCGCCCAUGUUCAGAUGAUGGAAGCUGCGUUCUCAACUCGGUAAACAUGCAAUGUACCUGUAAUAAAGGAUAUAGAGGAGAUGGAUACAAUUGUACUGAUAUCAACGAGUGUGUUGAGACUCCAGGAAUCUGUGGUCAUGGACAAUGUAUCAAUACUCCCGGAUCUUAUCACUGUCAGUGUGAUGACUUCUGGUUGGGUGACAACUGUAACUCGUACAAACCACGUCGUCAUUGUGCCGAUUUGUAUGUCUACUGGGGAAUCAAAAACACUGGAGUCUACUCGAUCAACCCACCAUUCGUUCUUCCACAACGUCCAAAGUUCGCUCCAAUGGAUGUGUUCUGUGACAUGGUCAGCAAUGGAGGAGGUUACACUUUGAUGUCAUCUGAUAGUAAGGACUUAAACUCGAAUAAGACAUAUCAGGACUACAUUGUUGGAUUUGGAACUCCAACAAAUCUAUCUGUUUGGCUUGGACUUGAAUUCAUCUAUCAAUUGACUAACUAUCAGCCACAUUCCCUUCGUUUGAACUUGUUCAGAUGUUCCAGUAACGGUCGUCCACCACUGAACACUGACUGUACCUAUCCAACAUUCGCAGUUCGUAACUCAACCACUCAAUAUGCCGUAGUUAUUCGUGAGGCUUGUACCGGAUCUGAAGCUGAUGAGCACUAUUAUCAAGAUGGAUGGGCACGAUGGGAUUUGAGCAAGGAUGGACCAAAGUUCUCUACAUAUGACAUUGAAGCAGAGACAACUAUUCCACCACAAUUGAGAACCAAGGUGGACGACGAAGCUAUCUAUUACACUUGUUCCAAGACUAACUUCAACACUGGAUGGUGGUAUGUUGAGGAUCAACUUUGUGGAGCAGCCAACUUGAACGGAGUCAGAUAUACUUGUCCAGAUAUUCCAGUUGAGAGUGAAAGAUACUUGCGAUGGGCCGAGGGAACAUUGGGGCAAGCUUCAAUGUACUUGCGUCCAGUUGGUUACCCGAAAUAUGAUACCAACCUAUAA